CAAAAGCCUUAGUACCUCCAAAAAUGAACGCCAAACCAAUUCACUCCACACCAACAUACAUUCCUCCUCCAAUAAGGCAAAUUCCGGUUCCCCAACAACUUCCAUUGCCGCCAUCACCACCAACCAUACCUCAUGCAAUAUCCAUAACCGCACCCGAAACCCGUGUCGCCGUCCCCGUAGUACCUCCUCCAUCUAUAGACCUUGAUGACUCCAUAACCGCCUUUUGGGACUACCAAUUCCUCUUCGUCUCACAACGAUCCGAAACAACCCAACCAAUCACGCUACGCCUUGUGGACGGCGUCAUACCGUCGGAUUUUCCCUCCGGCACGUACUAUCUAACCGGACCGGGGCUUUUCUCCGAUGAUCACGGCUCCACGGUGCACCCACUAGACGGUCAUGGAUACCUAAGAGCAUUCACGAUUGACAACAAUAAAGUGACGUACAUGGCGAAAUACAUUAAGACAGAAGCGCAAGUAGAAGAGCAUGAUCCAGAAACUGACACGUGGCGGUUUACGCAUAGAGGUCCGUUUUCUGUGUUGAAAGGUGGGAAGAAAGUUGGGAAUACGAAGGUAAUGAAAAAUGUGGCGAACACUAGUGUGGUGAAGUGGGGGGAGAAGCUACUAUGCAUGUGGGAAGGUGGUGAGCCUUAUGAGAUUGAAUCUGGGACGUUGGAUACGAUCGGACGGUAUAACAUGAUGGACGGUCGUGAUGUUUCGACGGAAGAUAGUGAUGGUGUAUGGGAGGUUGCUGCCGGCCUCUUGAAGCCUAUUUUGUAUGGUGUGUUUAAGAUGCCACCAAAGAGGCUUUUGUCUCACUAUAAGGUUGAUUCUAGUAAGAGCAGGCUACUUACUGUUUCUUGCAAUGCAGAAGACAUGUUGCUUCCACGCAGCAAUUUUACUUUUAGCGAAUACGAUUCCGAUUUCAAGUUGUUACAUAAGCAAGAGUUUAGAAUCCCAGACCACCUUAUGAUCCAUGAUUGGGCUUUCACAGAUACCCACUACAUAGUGUUUGCCAAUCGCAUAAAACUUGACGUGCCAGGAUCAGUGGCAGCAGUGUGUGGGAUAUCACCAAUGAUAUCAGCAUUAAAAGUGAAUCCAAGUAAGAACACAUCGCCCAUAUACUUGCUUCCUCGCUUCCCAACCAAAUCCAAAUCCAAUAUCAGAGACUGGAGAGUCCCACUUGAAGCACCUUCACGGUUAUGGCUGCUCCAUGUUGGCAAUGCCUUUGAACUUCGUCAUGCCAAUGGCAAUUUACAUAUUCAAAUCACUGCUGCUGCUUGUUCUUACCAGUGGUUCAAUUUUCGCAACUUAUUUGGAUACAAUUGGCAAAAUCAAAAGCUAGAUCCAUCAAUAAUGAACAUACAAGGUGAAAAUAACUUGUUGCCUCAUCUUGUUCAGGUAUCAAUAAAAUUAGAUUCUGACCACAAUUGCCAAGAAUGCAAUGUGAAGGCUAUGAAGAAAUGGAAGAAAUCUGCAGAUUUUCCUACUAUAAAUCCUGCAUUUUCUGGCAAGAGAAACAAGUAUCUCUAUGCUGCAACUACUUUAGGGUCACGUAAAACAUUACCAAGCUUCCCUUUUGAUACUGUUGUGAAGUUAGAUUCAGAGACAGAUUCUGUGCAAACUUGGAAUGUUGGAAGCAGAAGAUUUAUUGGGGAGCCUAUUUUUGUCCCAAAAAGUGAUUUAGAAGAAGAAGAUGAUGGCUACCUUCUUGUUGUUGAGUAUGCAGUUUCAAUGCAGAGAUGUUACCUUGUUAUCUUGAACCCAAAAAUGAUAGGAACCUCCAAAGCCCUCGUCGCCAGACUUGAAAUUCCAAGGCAUUUAAACUUUCCCUUAGGAUUUCAUGGUUUUUGGGCAGCUAGUGGGAACCAAAUUUAAGUUAUGAGAAACCUUCUACAUUAAAAUGAAUUUUCACUCAUGGUUCGCACAAUUGAUGGUUGUAGUUUAUAUGCGUACACGAAAGAGGUUAAUGUAAACAACAGGUUAUUAUUGAAAAUUAGAUUAUACUAAAAAUAGUGUAAAUAUAAGCAUGAAGUCAGGUUUUUUGGUUUAAAAAAAGUGGAUACUUAUAUGAGAAUGUAUUCAUGUGAAAAUAAUAAUUAAGAUGCAUAUAUAUUAUAUUAAAUAAUUUAGUCUA